AUGAAUCACCCGUCACUCGUUUCACUCCUGCUCGCGCUGGUCGCGCUGCACACCAGCGAAGUCAUUUCCCUUGCGGUACCCCGGCCACCGACCUUAGAGAGCCGUUCACUCCUUCCAGCUUAUUCGUUGCCACAGCAUGACCUGCUCGACUUGACGAGAGCAGUCGACAUCACGACCAAGCAACUGGGCUAUUUGUACGGUCCUCCGGUCGCGGGCGGACCUUUCUUUCCCACGGGCGUCUUAGGUGUGGCCAGAGCCGCCGCCGAUCAGGUAGAGAUCCAGCUCGACGAGGCACCGAUCCUUCUGGCCGCGGCUGCCGAUGGCACCGAGAGCACAUUAUCAGCUCCUGAGUAUAAUGGCCUGAAGACUCUGGACGACUACACUCUCUUAUAUGAUGGCCACUUAAAGGCCACUCUUCCACAUGGCCCCGUUCCGGGAAUAUUAACCAAUUACACCCAAGACCUCCUAUUUUCGAUGGAACGCCUCUCCUUCAGCCCGUAUCAGGUGAGGAGGCUCAAUCCUUCCUCGGAUACGUUGCAGUUCAGCAUCGACGAUGAUACUUCCACGAGCCUCACAGGUAUGACGCUCCAACAACUGUUUGAGGACGGUCGGCUCUUUUACGCCGACUAUCGAGACCAGCAAAAUCUGACCCCCACCGAUCGAUUUUCCGCGGCGUGUGACGCAUACUUCUACAUCAACCAGACAUCUGGUGAUUUCUUGCCCCUUGCGAUCCGCACCAAUGUGGGAUCCAAUCUGAUUUACACCCCAAAUGACGACCCCUCCGACUGGCUGCUCGCAAAGAUCAUGUACAACGUCAAUGACUUGUGGUUUGCGCAGUGGAAUCAUCUGGCAAGUACCCACGAGGUGGUCCAAAUCACAUACUUGGCCGCCAUUCGAACUCUCAGCGACAACCAUCCCGUUCUUGCUAUCCUGAACCGGAUCAUGUAUGAGGUUUACGCCAUCCAACCGCUGGCGGCAACCAUUCUGUUCCUGCCUGGUGCUGCGGUCGACCAGAUCUUCGCUUAUACCGGUACUGCGGCACAGGACUACACCACCAACCUCUAUAUGAACGGUGGCAGUGGUCGCUUUCAAGCCAACUAUUUCGAGACCGAUCUCGAGUCCCGCGGCUUGAUCAAUUCCAACUUUGGCCCUGCGUUGAAAAACUUCCCCUUCUACGAAGAUGCUUCGACCAUCUAUAAUGCGAUCCAUGCCUUCAUGACCUCGUUUGUGAAUUCAUACUACUCCAAAGACUCCGACGUCACGGCCGACAAUGAAAUGCAGGCGUGGGUAAAGGAAGCACAAGGCCCCGCUGAGGCGAUUGACUUUCCUUCCAUCACGACGAGAAGCGCCCUGAUCGAUGCUUUGACACAUAUGGCUCAUCUUGCCUCUACCUCACACCACACGGUCAACACGAACGAGUUGCUCUCUGUCAGCUCGACGUUGCCCUUCCACCCGCCCGCCCUGUACCAGCCACUGCCGUCCUCCAAAGGCUUAACAAACGUGGCGGACUUCCUUCCGCCACUGGACAAGGUGGAAGCGCAGUUCACCGUGAAUUCCGUUUUCGUGCGCCCAUUUUUCGUGGGCACGAAUCGGACUCUGAUGCACAUGUUUGAUGAUCCAGACAUGCUCAGUCGCAUGAACAGUGCGACGCAAGCGGCGGCUACCACCUUCUACAACACGAUGAACGCCUUCAGUGGACAGGUUGCUGCCCGCACCUUCGACGCGAAUGGCUUGUCACAGGGCAUGCCGUUCGUGUGGCAGGCCUUGGACCCCAAUGUGGCCCCGUUUUCUAUCACUACUUAG